UUAAUCUGAAAAUUGGUGCGAAUAGCCAAAACCUUUUCUUUGCCAUCCCCACAGCCACAGUCCAAUAACUCUUUGAGUGCAGAACUCAGCGAAAACCCUAAACCAAAACCAAAACCCAAACAGAAAUUUCCACUCUCUAAUUCGAAUUCGAUUCCCUGAACUUGGUGUUGUGUGAAAAUGGUGGUUUGUAUAAGAUUAGCUCGGUUUGGUUGUAAAAACAGACCUUUUUAUCGAGUCCUUGCUGCUGACAGUAGAUCUCCAAGAGAUGGUAAACAUCUUGAAGUUUUAGGUUAUUACAAUCCAUUACCUGGGCAGGAUGGUGGUAAGAGAAUGGGACUCAAUUUUGAUAGAGUCAAAUACUGGUUAUCAGUUGGUGCCCAACCAUCAGAUCCUGUUCAACGUAUUCUCUUCAGAGCUGGAGUAUUACCUCCACCGCCAAUGCUUGCCAUGGCACAUAAAGGAGGACCCCGUGAAACUCGCCUUGUUGAUCCUUUGACUGGUCGUUUUGUAACUCCAAAAGAACUUAACAACAGUGAUCAAUCUACAAGCCCUGAAAGUGCUGAGAACAAGUCAGAGAUUUAAAAGUCGAAUACCGCAAGAAAAUUACGUCUUUGUGUCCUAUUUUGGGCGUUCAAACCAAAUUAUUCCUGCUCGUGCUACAACAAAGCGAAGCUGCUAUUGACUCAUUUAGUUUCACUUUUGUCAGGGUGGAGAAAAAAUGUAAUCUAGUUUUUAAAAAAGCGAAUCUAGCACACAUGACCUUUUUUGCAGAGGAGUUUAGCAAGAAUUUGAUACCUUCCUCCAUAUAUAAGGUCUAACCUUUCCGACUUUUGAACUGUCAUGUUGAUUCAUAACAGGAUAUGGCCAUGUGUGAGGAAUAACUGUAUCUUCCUUUUCUGGUUUUUCUUAUUUGCAGAAAAGAUUGCUCUGGUUUCUUCUUAUAAAUUUUUGUAGCUUUACUGGCAAUUCUGUUGACCAUAUAUUUAAUGGAUUUUGAUUCAA